CUUCAUCACACAAGCAGCGACCGGCCACUGCGCGCUAUCGUCCACCCCUUGUUACCUUCGACCAGCAUGGGGUAUUCUAUAUUGAUGCAAUGGACGCCUGCAGCUCCCGGUCGCACGAGCACAAGCGACCUUGUCCUGUCCCGCGUGCUGGAGCAUUACAAUAUUACCCACCCCCUCCGCUCUUCGAUCCAGUUCCGCACCUUCCGCGCCUCCUUCCCCGACGGCGAUGGGUCUGCGACACGCAUCCUCACGACCGUCACUUACUCGCAGCCCAUCCCGCCGGUGCGCGACGUGCCGGUGCCGACCGGGGCACGGGACGACUGCACCUACCUCUUCCUCGAGGACAGAGGGGUGAAGACGGAGUCGAAGGGUGGGGCGGGCGCGACCACAGGCUCGAGCGCCAAGGCUGAGGAGAAGGAGACAAAGGAUGGGGACGUCGAGAUGAAAGACGAAGAGUUUGAGGUAAAGAAAGAGGACAAGAAGGAACCCGAACCGAUAGAGAUCAAGGACGUCCUUGAAGAGGAUGGGUUUGAGAUAAUCGACGCGCCGAAGAAUGGCGCGCCCGCCCCUCCCGAUCCUACCCCCUCGGCUCCUCCCGUAUCCGCCCCCGCUCCCUCAGCUCCCCGACUUCCUUCCCCGCCGCGCGAAAGAAAGCGCUUCAAAACUCUGGCUGUCAAGCCCGCAACGUCCGUCAUGCCGACGCUGCACAACCUGCUCUCGCCCUUCGUGCUGGGCCUCACAAAACAGGGGCGUGCGGGCGCGAGCACGACGGGCCAAGCCGCCGGCCCCUCUCCGCUGCAAGGCAGCUCUUUGGUGAUUAGCACGCUCGCGUUCCCGCCGCCCAGCCACCCUCAGCCGCCGCUCACUCUGAGCGUGCACAUCCUGCCCAAUGCUGCGCCCAGCAUCUUCCUCGAGGCUGAGUGGGAGGGCGUGGCGCCGAGCGCUGCCAACCGCGCUGUGCUCGAGGAGUUCCUGCGCGGCUGCAUACCGGACAACGUGGAGGGCGUCGAGAAGGUGCUUGUGUGGGACGGAGAGGCGGUGGAGGGCUGGACAGGGAUCGAACGGACGCGGCGCAUGACCACCGUGCUGUGUCGCGCGUUGAGGGAGAGCAACAUUAUCUAAAGGGUGAGAUGAUGCAAUGCAUAC